AUGACCAGCGAAGCCCCGCGCAAGUGCGCAAGCAUCGACUGCGAGAACGAUGCAGGCGCGCUGCAAUGUCCAAAUUGCCAGAAGCUGGGCAAAGAAAGCUACUUCUGCUCUCAAGACUGCUUCAAGCGUAACUGGGUACUUAACUACUCAAAGGAUGGCAUACCGCGCUCGGAGCAGGUUUUUGUCAACAGGAACAAGAUCGCCGUGCUGGACAAGGCGGAGCAAGAGGGCAUGCGCAAGGUCUGCCGACUUGCGCGGGAAGUGCUGGACAUUGCAGCACGUGCGGCAAAACCUGGUGUCACAACCGACUACAUUGACGAGAUUGUGCACAAGGCGUGUAUGGAGCGCGACUCAUACCCCUCGCCCCUCAAUUACUGUAACUUCCCAAAGUCAGUAUGUACAUCGGUGAAUGAAGUCAUUUGCCACGGCAUCCCCGAUCAACGAGUCCUCAAAGACGGCGACAUCCUCAACAUCGACGUAACCCUUUACCACGGCGGCUUCCACGGCGAUCUCAACGAGACAUACUACAUUGGUGAUAAGGCACUGGCAAACCCUGAUGCUGUACGCGUAACGGAAACGUCAAGAGAAUGCUUGGCUCAGGCUAUCGAGAUGGUCAAGCCGGGCACUCUAUUCCGCGAAUACGGCAACGUCAUUGAGAAGCAUGCAAAGAGCAAGAAAUGUAGCGUUAUCAGGACAUACUGUGGACAUGGCAUCAACCAGCUUUUCCACUGCGCACCCAACGUUCCGCAUUACGCUAAGAACAAGGCCAUUGGGCAAGCGAAGCCUGGCAUGUGCUUCACGAUCGAACCGAUGAUCAGUAUUGGCACACACAGGGACAAGACUUGGCCUGAUGACUGGACGAGCGUCACGCAGGACGGUUCCCUCACUGCUCAAUUCGAACACACACUACUGGUCACAGAGGAUGGAGUGGAGGUUUUGACUGCACGAUUGCCAGAUUCGCCAGGUGGCCCAGUGCCGAUGCCAGCAGAGGCAAACGGAGAAGCAACAGCGACCUCUUGA